AUGAACAUCUCUGUGCCUCAGGGUGUGCAGUUCUGCUAUGAAGAACUAAAUGGCUCUUGCACCCGGAUAACUUACCCUUUAUCCAUUCGUAUACCGCUAUACCUUUUUUUUACCUCAACAGUCAUUGUCAUAGUGGGGGGAAAUAUUCUUGUUAUGAUUACUAUUUUAAAUUUUGAACAGUUGCAAACUCCUACCAACUACCUUGUUUUCUCCAUGUCUGUGGCUGACCUGCUGUUGGGUAUGGUUGUAAUGCCUCCAAACAUGAUUGAGUCUUUGGAAAAAUGCUGGUACUUUGGUGACUUCUUGUGUAAAUUCCAUGCCAGUGUUGACAUAACCCUUUGCAAUGCCUCAGUUUUACAUCUCACAUGUAUAUCCAUUGACCGUUUCUGUGCAGUGACUAAGCCCCUACAGUACCAAAACAAAAUGACAACAUGUGUGGUGCUCACUAUGAUCUCUGUCAGUUGGAUUUUCUCUGCCAUCUUUGGGUUUGCAGUGAUAUUUUCCCCUAGUGACAGUGACCCGUCUGCUGAAAGUGUUGAUGUUGAUUGCAUAGGGGGAUGCUCGGGCUUACAUGAAAAAGAAAUAGGAGUGUCGUAUUUCUUUGUGUUCUAUUUCAUCCCAUUGACUAUAAUGUCAACCAUUUACCUUAAGAUUUUUGUCAUCGCAAUAAAACAAGCAAACACCAUCCACGAGAUCAACAAGCAAGUCAGAUUGGACAAAAACAAUCUGACUAAAAUGGACUUUAAGGCCACAAAGACACUUGGAAUUAUCAUUGGUGUGUUUCUCUGCUGCUGGACUCCUUUUUUUAUAUGCAAUAUCAUAGAUCCAAUCAUAGGGCACUCCAUACCUGCACUUUUAUAUGAGAUUUUAAUGUGGGUCGCCUACUUAAACUCUAUGUUUAAUCCCAUUAUAUAUGCCUUCUUCCAUACUUGGUUUAGAAAACGGUUUCAAAUCCUACUUAAAAAAUGUUUUAAGUAG